GCACUGGCUUUACCAUGGCGGAGUUGAUCUCUUUCGUAGUUCCCACCCAGAGCGACAAAGUUUUGUUGGUGUGGGAUUUGAGCGCUGGUCCCCCAGCCGAAGCCUUAAGUCAUUCUCUGUUCACAGUGUUCUCUCAGUUUGGCCUUCUGUAUUCAGUCCGAGUCUUCCCGAACGCUGCAGUGGCUCGUCCUGGUUUCUACGCCAUCAUCAAGUUUUACUCCUCGCGGGACGCACAGAGAGCCCAGAAGGCUUGCGACGGGAAGCCCCUUUUUCAGACAUCACCAGUGAAGGUUCGUCUUGGCACCAGACACAAAGCACUGCAGCAUCAGGCCUUUGCCCUAAACAGCUCACGAUGCCAGGAACUGGCCAAUUACUACUUUGGCUUCAACGGAUGGUCCAAAAGGAUCAUCAAGCUGCAGGAGCUCUCCGGACUGGAGGAUGCAGCUCUCGCUGUGCCCAUGCAGAAGGGGAACCCCCAGUUCUUCUGUGCUGUCGAGGUGGUGCUGCCGUCCUAUGGGUGCAGGAGCCCUGGGGUUGGCAUCUCUGAGGAGCCUCCGCACCGGCUGGAAGAAGGGCAGUCCUCGUGUCUUAUGAAGAGGAAGACUGCUCAGAAGCUCGCCUUCCAGGCGGCUGUAUCAGAUGCCUUCCAGAAGCUGACCAUCGUGGUUCUGGAAAGUGGCAGGAUCGCGGUGGAGUACAGGCCCACGGAAGAGGAUCUAGAUGCCAGAAGUGAAGAAGAACUGCAGAAUUUAAUCCAGGUCAGCUACUCUUCUUGGAGUCAGUCCAGCCAAAGGGAGGAAGAAUGUCUCUCGGAUUUCAGCCUAGAGGAAGAAGACCUGAAGCUGUGUGAUCUGCACUAUCAGCUCUGACCAUGUCAGAUGACCUGACCUGCCGUCUGACUUUGACAGGAAGUUCUGCGUGUCCAAUCAGUGGGUUGCUGCCCUCCCUCCCUGAGCACUCAAGUGUGAAACCUAGAUCUUGCUGGGCUUUGUAGGAGGGCUCCGAGGGAGAGGUCUAAAGGAGGCUUGAGCCCCCGUCACUAAGGUGGAAAAAGGUUCCCCAUGCAGGCGUCCCUUCCUAAUAAAGACUGCGUAA